AUGACUUUGUUCUUUGUAAGGGGGGCGGCAAGGGAGGAACUACCAGUAAAUCCAAUGGAAAGUCAAGUCCAUACAAAGGUGGCGGCAGGAGCUCCUCAUACUCCUUUGCUGGUAACAUUAUCUAUCAUAUCGAUUAUCGGAUGUGGAAUUUGGCGUUGUCAUAGAAUAAGAAGAAAUUCUAAAGCCGAACUAGAAAAUAAUAAAAUGGAAUUUGGUGAAAAUCAUAAUCAUAGCAGACCUUCCUCAGCUUAUGCUUCUUCAACCGGAAUUCCAAUACCUUCAACUUCGUUUCCUGCUCCAAUUUACGGUGAUAACUAUUCACCAUAUAAUAAGGUGGCACCUUCUUCCAAAAGUUUUGAUUCUAUGGAUGAGAUUAUACCAAAGAAAAAAUAUAAAUCCUAA